UGCGGGUAAUUUACCCCGGUAAUUAUACCCGAUACUACAAAUGAGAAUAGGGGAUGUUAGAUUUGUGGACCCCAUAAAUUAUCGUUCGACGCAGAUUCCCCACGCAGAUAAAUUAUGGUGGUAUGGUGGAGACCACAUGCGGGAAGUUCAUCGCUUUGAGCUGAAGGGCAGAGUACAACGUUAUGGAGGAGUCGCUUCUAGAGUUCGUGACAAACAUAUAGCGACCAUGAUGCACCAGCCGACUUUCUGGAAAGAUGCAAGACGGUAUCAGGAACAUAGAAACAAGCCGCGCAAUGGUUCUGAUGCAGAGAAAAACGUACGUGGAAGUGGUCAGUCAAGCAUUGAACUAUGAAACAUCGCUAUUGAUAUGCCGUCAAUCACCAAAAGUGCAUACUGUACAAGCUGAGGUGAAUAAUAGUCAUCGACCGACAAGAACCCAAGGAGAAGGAUUAUCUAACGGAAGAUGCUUCAUUUGAAAACAAACGGGUCAUAUGGCGAGACAAUGUCGCGAUAGACCAAAAAGACAAAAAAAAAAGAGAUAUCAAAAAGAUGAGACUAGAGACCCCCGAGACAGAUUUGUUAAACUAACUUAACCUGUCCCAAAAUUUUCGUUUGCCAGUUGGAGCGAAACUCGAAGAACCUUUUUUUUAGAGGCGUCAUGGAUGGAAGUGAGCUGUUACUAAUUUUGAACACAGGUGCAUCUCAUUCAUAAUCAAUAGAAGAACAUAUAGUUAAGGGAAAUGUGGAGCCUCUGAAUGGGUCUACGUCAGCGAACGGAUACAGGUGUAGAGGCACAUGUAAUAGACAUGAUUAAAAAAAAUCUUAGAAUAGAAUCUUAUAAAUUUUGAAGACGAUUUUAUCGUUGCUGAUAUUUUGGACGACGAAGUGGAUCUCAUGAUCCGUUAUGGCUGUACAGUGGAUUUUCAAAAAAAUUCUGAAUCAUGAAAAGAGAUUACGAUGGCUGUAGACUGCGAAACAAGUGAAUCUAAAAUGAAUAGUUAUCGUGUGAAAACUGAGCCUUUAGGAAGAUUACAGAUCAAAAGCCUACAACUAAAUCCAGAGAAAUUCAAAUUUUUCCAAACGAAAGUUAAAUAUUGGCUUCAUCAAGUAAAUAGAGUAGUCCACACUGAUAAAGAUAAAGUAGCGGCAGUUCAAAACUGGCUUUGUCCACAAAACUUACAAGAGCUUAGAAGUUUUUUGGGACUGAACACCUAUUAUCGCAGAUUUUUUCCUGGGUUUGCAAAUGUGACAAGAAACGAGGGGGAACGUUGGGAGUCGGCUGCGACUCUACAUUUAUGCUGGGAUGCGGGUGUAAGA